AUGAACUCAAAUAAAUUAUUAUUAUUAUUAAUAAUUGUCUUAUUAUCUAUUAGCUAUUCAUUAGCAGUUGUUGUUUCUCAACAAGGUGGAGAUAUUCCAAAUGGUGUUAACUCUAAUAAUAAAAAUAAAAAAGAUCUUGCAAGUGCAGCAGACCAAUUACAAUAUGCAAAUAUUUUUAGAAACGGAGCAGGUACAAUAGCAAAUGAAGGAUCCGUUAGAAUUGAUAUGCAAGGUGUUUUCACACAAAAUGGUCAAAAAUGGCACAACUUACAAGCCCAAUUAAAUGGUGUCAAAGGAAAAUCAACAAUUGCACAUGUUCAAGUAAACGAAAAUGCAAUGACUAGUAAUGUUGCUGGACAAACCCAAGUUACUAAUAUCGUUAUUACUGCUAUGAUGAGUUCAUAUACCUCUGGAAAAACUUACAGUGUUUUAGACAAUGGCGCCAGAACUGGUUUAUAA